AACAGGUCCGCUCGGGGGCUGGAGCAAGGCAGCGAGCGCCGGGACUCUGGGAAGAGUCAAAACUCUUUUCCUUGGGAUUCGCGGGGCUUUGUUUGUUUGUUUGUUUGUUUGUCUCCGUGACGUGCGGCCGGCUGCGUGCGCGGAACGCCGGGGCCGCGGGAGCCGUUUCCAGCCGAGCCGGGCCGGGCACGGCAGCGGCCCCCGGCGCGGCGGGGCACCAUGGCGAAAGUGCUGGCGGCCCUCAGGCACCACUGGAAGAAAUCCACGUUCGGAGCCUGCCUGCUGGGCUGGGGCGGACACUGGCUCUAUGGCAAGCACUGUGAUAACCUGCUACGAAGAGCUGCAUGCCAAGAAGCCCAGGCUUUUGGCAACCAGCUGAUGCCUGCCACUAUGCCAUUGAAGAAAGCAACAGUCUUCCUCAACCCAGCAGCUUGCAAAGGCAAAGCUGGGAACCUUUUUGAAAAGAAUGCUGCACCGAUCUUGCACUUAUCUGGCUUGGAUGUAACUGUGGUUAAGACUGAUUAUGAGGGACAAGCAAAAAAGCUUCUGGAAUUAAUGGAAAACACAGAUCUGAUCAUUAUUGCAGGAGGAGAUGGCACAGUCCAAGAGGUCAUAACUGGACUUCUCCGUAGAGCAGAUGAGGCUGCCUUCAGUAAGAUUCCUAUAGGAUUCAUACCCCUUGGAAAAACUUGCACUCUGAGCCACACACUGUACCCUGAGAGCACGAAUCAAGUCCAGCAUAUUACUAAUGCUACAUUGGCCAUUUUGAAAGGAGAGACAGUUCCACUUGAUGUCUUGCAGAUCAAGGGAGAAAAAGAGCAGCCUGUGUUUGCAGUAUCUGGUUUAAGAUGGGGAUCUUACAGAGAUGCAGGAGUUAAAGUUAGCAAGUACUGGUACCUUGGGCCUCUGAAAACUAAAGCAGCUCAUUUUUUCAGUACAUUUAAGGAGUGGCCUCAGAAACAUCAAGCUGCUCUCAUGUACCUGGGUCCAACUGAGAGACCACCAGAAGAGCCAGAGGAGAAAUCAUCCAGACCUCCUUUGUAUGUGAGGCUUUACAGACGACUUCGAUCAUACUGGUCAUCUCCAAAAGAGUUCCCCCAGGAGGUAGCCCGAGAGGACUGGGAAGAACUGAAGCUGUCCACCAUUGAGCUUUCCAUUGCAACUCGGAACAGGCAGCUUGAUCUAGCACGCACUGAGGACUUCAUGGACAUUUGCAUCGAAGCAGAGAGUGUCAGCAAAGGGGAGUUUGUUCACAGAGGAAGUCAAAAGAUGCAUGACCCACACAUGUGUCCUGAAGGGAGUCAGUGCAUCCAAGCCAGCAGAUGCAUCUUGCAACUUCCAGAGGGCACUGAGGGAUCCUUUGGCAUUGAUAAUGAGGAGUAUGAAGCUAUGCCUGUGGAGGUGAAGCUCUUACCCCGCAAACUCCGCUUCUUCUGUGACCCCAGAAUGAGAGAGCAGCUGCUGCAGGCAGCAGUGCAAUGAGAGUUCAUGGCAGAGGGGCAGUGUUCACCAGUCUUACCAGGGUCUCUCAAGGCACAUGAGACCUAACUAACCUGAUUAACCCCACUAGACUAAUAAGCCUUUUGGCUAUUUUUAUGUGUGACGUACUUCCAUUGGAAGUGUAUCAUUUGACUGGUCUCAAAGGGGUUAAAAAUGCAAAUGAAAAUUCUGAAAAAUGCAUGUUAACUUGAUGGCAUCUUUUUUUCCCCCUCCCCUAAGAAGUCAUCCAUUUAUAGCACUACAGGCUGAGUGCUGUGUGCCACAUGCUACUGCUGCAAUGCGAUUGUAUAUUAAAGUAAAAUUUAAGUAUACUUGUCCUUGUGUUCUAAGAGUUUAGGUUUACAUUACCCAUGUAAAAAUCUUGCAAAACCUGGGAUCCUGGAAGAAAAUAUUUGGGGGGAGUAAUGCUAAGGAAUUCUAUGAAACAUUGGAAUUGCCACAUUAAAACAGAUGGUUGGUUAUCUACUCUGUCACAAAAUAAACUGAAGGUUGGUGAUACAAAGCUUUGAAGCAAGUUUAAAAAUUCCCCAUAUGUACCUUGGUAAUAUAUUUAUGUUAAUUUUUUUCGUCUUGCCAGAUUCAACAGCACAGAGUUUCAGUAAUUGUAUAGUAGAAAUGUAUUCCUUUGAGCAAUUUAGGUAUGUUGCACAGAAGCAAAUUGGAAAACAUCAUUGACCCAAAGCUGUAUGAAGUACAUUUGGAAAGACUCUUUAAAAAGCUGAAUCUUUUUUUUUUUUUUUUUUUUGUUUGGUAAGUAUUCCUUUUAUUCCUGCAGUAGUAUAAUGCCAGUAAGGAUAUCCAAAUAAAGUUUGUUAUUUAUUGUG